GGCUACGAGUCAGUCCCCAGAAUGAGCCCUACUCCGGACCCUCCGCAGACCAAGAAGCGCGAAUCGCGUGCCGGGGCACGGAAAGUGACGUCGCUCUCUGCUGAACAACUCGAGAGGAAACGUGCCAAUGAUCGUGAGGCCCAGAGGACCAUUCGUCAACGGACAAAAGAGCAUAUCGAGCGUCUAGAGCACCAGGUCGCUGAGCUGAAGGUGAAGGGGGAUCGAUUCGACGAAAUAGUCCGACGGAAUACGGCGAUGGAGAUGGAGAUUCGCUCCUUAAGACACCAAUUAGCCUUGGCUACAGGCAGGCAGGGACAUUCCGGUUUGGAAAGCACAUACAGUACUCCCUCCGGGUCCAUGCUACCUUCACCCCACCUUCCGGACUCCUUGAGCUUAAAUCCAGCUUCUAGAGCGGCUUCCGUGCUGUCCACGUCAAGUCGAACAUCUAUGGCUCCUGAAUGGCAGUCUUAUGGUCCGACUCGAACAUCUUCCGCUGGCGAGCCUUCGGACACAAAUUAUGGGGUCAGACUCGAACCCUACGUCUACGAGAGUCAUAUUCAAGCACCCAAUCCGCUACCGGUCGCUUCAGCCCAAAUGAACUACAAUCCUUCUCUGUGUGCACAACCCGCCCAGUCUUCUGAACCGGGUUAUCAGCCUUAUCCACAAAACUACCAACCCGAACCUAUCCGCGGUCUCGGGCAAGACGGCUCACAUCACCCUGCACAUCACAUACCCUGUGUGCCGGUGGGCCAUCGAUCCAUGUCAGUGCCGACUUGUUCAGCCGAAAGAGAAGCACCGGUGUAUCCUGUUGUUCCGGCGCCACAGCAAUAUCACGAACAGAGUCUCCACCCACACCCGCCACAAACGAAGAACGAAUAUAGCUAUGACUGGUUGCAUCACUCUUGA